AUGAAGGCUUUGAAGGAACAGCGAUGCGAGCGAGAGCCCUCCCCUCCUGUUGGCGUUGGUGUAGACGAUGACGACUUCGCUGGACUCGCUUGCCCUCCCCUCGACGACCUCGAAGCUGUCUUCAUCCUUGAAAGUGAAACCGCGACUUUCGAUCCCUCCAACUUGUUCGACGACGUCAAACUUGAUGACCACGACAUGGCAAUUCAAGAGAAGCCCAAGAAACCACCAUCCCACGGCAAAGGGAAGAGUUUGGAGACCCUCCGCUUGAUGCUAAGCGCUCCACCACCAUCUUCUUGUCAACAAAACCCUACGGGGCCAACAAAGUCUGAUGCUCACCAUCAACGGCAAGACUGGGAUGAUGAAGAGAAGUUGAAGAAUAGCAAGCAAAAGCUUCACCAAAGCUAUCAAGAGUUCCAAAACAAGAAAAAGAAAAUUCAACUUCUUGACAUCAACAACUUGCCUUUGCCGUCUAAGCCGCAGCGAGGCCAGGUUUUGAGCAAGAACAAGCCAUUGACCGGUUCGACGAAGUGCGGAGCCUUCUCUGAUUUUUUGGAGAGCCAACAAAAUCCUAAGGGGCCCACAAAAUCUACUGAUCAUGAUCUUCAUCAUCGGCAAGAUUGGGAUGAUGAAGAGAAGUUGGAGACUAGUGUUCGAAAGCUUCACCAAGGCUAUCGAGAGUUCCAAAACAAGCGAAAGAAAAUUCAAGUUAUCGACGUCAAGAACUUGCCUAUGCCUUCACCAAAGCUAAAGCCGCAACGAGGUCGGGUUUUGAACAAGAACAAGUUGUGCCGAGCCUUCUGA